AUGACACCAGCGAUAGGAACACCGCCCCCCGCUGCCCUGGGGAAGCCUAGGGAUAGGAUACAUCCAGCUUUCUAUGUAAUAGUGUGGAUUUCUCUGAGUUCCGCUGUCAUUUUAUUUAACAAGUGGAUUCUGGAUCCUGGAACCAAAAACUUCGCAAUUUUCCUAACAACAUGGCAUCUCCUAUUUUCCUCCAUUGUGACUCAGUUUCUUGCGAGAACAAGCACUUUGCUCGAUGGCCGGAAGGCAGUCAAAAUGACCGGGAAGGUUUACUUGCGUGCUAUUUGUCCAAUUGGCCUCUUCUUUAGCUUGAGUUUGGUCUGUAGCAACAAGGCAUAUCUCUAUCUGAGCGUAUCAUUUAUCCAGAUGUUGAAGGCGACCACGCCUGUAGCGGUGCUUAUCGCCUCUUGGAGCCUGGGGGUCGAGAGUCUGAAUUUGAGUGUCCUGAGGAAUGUCACCUUUAUCGUGAUUGGGAUUAUGAUUGCCUCUUACGGCGAGAUCCUCUUCGAUCCCAGUGGAUUUAUCUUCCAGGUUUUCGGAAUUGGAUUCGAGGCAGUCCGACUUGUCAUGGUUCAGAGAUUGCUCUCUUCAGCAGAGCUCAAGAUGGAUCCACUUGUCUCGCUAUAUUAUUUCGCACCGAUAUGCGCAGCCAUGAACUUCGUGCUGUUCUUGAUUUUCGAGAGCAGUUCCUUGGGGGUAUCAGAACUACUGAUGAUUGGAUGGCUUACAUUUCUUCUAAAUGCUCUCGUAGCAUUCGGUUUAAAUGUCUCGGUGGUUUUUUUGAUUGGGAAAACGUCCUCACUGGUCCUCACUCUUUGCGGUGUUUUGAAGGAUAUUUUGCUCGUCUGUGCUUCAAUGAUCAUCUGGGGAAAUCCAGUUACUAUCCUUCAAUUUUUUGGCUACAGCAUUGCCCUAUCUGGUCUUUUGUAUUACAAACUGGGCGCCGACAAGAUCAACGAGCAAUAUGCGCAUCUACGAGGAUUGCGGCUUGGCACAGGAAGUCUAUCAAAUCGCCGGUUGGGAAUUGGUGCUGCUUCCCUUUUUACGGUGAUAGUUUUGGGAACAAUGUAUCAUGGUCGAUACCCUACUCGAGAUGCUACAUUUGUGGGUGCACAUACGUCAUACAGCUCCUCUAGGUUCAUCACCGGCAACCGUGUCUCUAGGAGCAGGUUUGAUAUUGUUAUCAGCAUGUCCCAGGAGAAUACCCAAACAAUUCGUGAUCGGGUGGAGGAAAUCCUUAGCCUUCCGCAGCUUUCAACUUUGGAGACAAAGGUGGUGGUGUACAGCAUGGAUAAAACAGCGGACUUGGUGUCUUUAAUCAAGGAGACCGGUGCGGAUGCUGCCGAGAGUAUUCCCAACAUUAGUCGUGAGACUGGAGCCUAUCUCCACCAUAUCUUGAAACACUGGGAUAAUCUCGCAGACCACACCCUUUUCCUCCAUCCGGAUAUUGAGGACUUUGAUCAUGUGAAGGCUCGGAUUGAAGAUUUUUUCCUUCCUUCUACUGGUAUGCUUUCUCUCGGGAUUGGCCAUGCAGAAUGCUCCUGCAACGAAUGCCGUGACCCUUGGGCAUCGGCAGAUACUUGGGCUCGGGUACCUCAGAUAUUCUCAGCCGUUUAUGGAGAGUUGUGCCCGGGCACUAGUAUCCUUCUGUCUCGCGGGUCAGGGUUUAUCGUCUCUUCAAGAAGGGUUAAGGGAACCGAUAAGCAUAUCUACCAACACCUUAAAGAGGUAUUGGAGAGUGAUGAGAAGCACUGGAUUCACCAGGAUACGAGGCAGCCUGGCAUGGAAGAUGCUCCACAAAAUCCAUAUUUCGGCCACGCUCUAGAGAGGAGUUGGAUGAUAGUCUUCAAGUGCUCGGAGAUGAGGCUUGUCAAGAGUUGCCCGAAGUUAGAUACUAGGAGGAAGCCUGACGACUGGGAUGAUGUUUGCCAGUGCCUGGAUACCGGGUUGGGGGGGCACUCGGUUUAG